UUGAGAGAUUGUCGUGUUCGUGUUGGCUCAUGGCUGUCUAAGUCUAACUAAUCAGUAAUCUCGCCCGUCUUGGGUUCGACCUUUCUUCCUCCCCGCUUCUGUUUCUCCUUCUGCUGCUGCAUGCCCAACGAAAAUUUCGCCCCCAACCAUUUAACAACGCCUUUUUUCUAUCCUUCUCUCCCUCCAGAACUGGGUAGGUGUGUUUCACUCCCGAAACACCCCACCCCCUCCACGAGGCACUUUUUCAUUUAUCCAAUCCGAGUUUUGGAGGACCAGAGCUGCUGUGUAUAUGAUUUCCUCCUCUGCAUUUCGCGCCUGAUCCCCCUCCCCUCUUACAAAAGAUGUAAAAAGAAGAAAAAGAAAAUAUAAAAAGAGGCGUUUACGGGAAAAAUGGACGUAGAAUUGGAGGAUCUCACUGAAGAUUAUGUGGAGCCGUCAGAAAUUGAUUGGGAAUACGAAUUCGAUGCGGCUCGGUUUUUUGAUUUUUGCUGUCCAGAAUCGGACAGGGAAGCCCAGGAAGCGGAGCGCUGGUUUGCUGUGGCCGGAAAUUAUCCGGUUUCUCCUUUAGUGAUGAAGUUAUAUUGGGGAGGAGACAUUCAAGGGGAGGAUACAAUUACUUGCUCAAGCUUAGAUGAUUGCAAAAGCAGUAAUGCAGAUGUCGGUAUUUGUUCUGACGGUUCUCCAUCAGAAGGUGCUAUGAAAACUAAAACGACAUCAGUUCCCAGCUCAUCCAAACCAAGGACUUCCACUUUGAUGAAGCCUACAGCUAGUCAUUUGGCCAAAGUAAACAAAGCAAGAGAUUUACUUUCCAGCCACUUAUGUAAAAGGUUUCAGAAAUCACCCAUCCACAUAGACCAGAGAAGCUUGCAGAAAUCUCCCGGUUUUGAUAACCUAGCUACCAAACGACAAAAGCUCGAGAUUGGCUACCUGUGCAAGGUAUCACAUUUGAAGCAUCAAGCUUUGUUACUCCACAAGAAAUCCCAAAAGGAGGGAACUGUAACUCCUAAAAUAGCACAUUCUAAGAUGAAGGUAACUGUUCCCAAAGAGCCUGAAUUGCAAACACAGCAAAGGGCGAUAAACCGAAGGUCAAGGACUAAUUCUGAGUCAAGUGAGCAUUCAGAAUUGGAGAUACAAACCUGUAGAUCACGAUCAUUGAACAGAAAAGCCCAUACUGUAAUCCAACCUAAGAAGAGCAAAGCGCAGCUACCUGUGUUUCAAGCUUUUAAUUUGAAGACUACUCAGAGAGCCUUGCAGCGUUCAUCUCGUAAUGAACUGAAGACACACAACUCUGAUAGCAUUUCACAAAGUAUUCCUGCAGAGCUGAAGAGAAGCUGCAUUCCUGUUCACCCUACAGAAGUCAAGAAGACCGGCAAGAAAUCAGACCCUGAUGAUGCUUUGAAGAAGGAAAAACAUGAAACACCACUCAAAUUAAAAGUUUGGCCUAUCAGUAAUAAGAUUUUUCCUACCAAAGACGAUACUUUUGGGACUAGAAGUGGCAGUGAAGAAGCCAUAACGGCAAUGGACCUGAAACUUCAGAAAGAUCAAAGGCUUUCACACAAUCCACCUACCGACUUAUUUAACAAGCUUUCCCUGAGAUCUGAACCGGGGAGUGAUGCAGUAUCUCAGCCUAAUAUUCACAUGUCCAAUAAGGGAUCAAAGGAGAAUGCCCCUGAUUGUUUCCAACCUGAAUUUAGAUGGUGUGGCGGCAAGCUAAAUCAAUUUGGGAGUGGCAAGGCAAUUCCAGGAAUGGUAAAUGAGUCCAACAUGAGCAGUGCAAGUGCUUUCUGAAUCGUUCCUAAGAUGAUGCUGGAAGCCUGCCAAUCUCCUCCUAUACGGGGAGGGAGAAGGAAGUUUGCGGAGGGGGGGGGCAGGGUCUGAGAUAGGAAGCCACAAGACUGAAACUUCUCUGUUUUCAAGUCUCUAGAGAGGGAGCGAUGAAGAGAGGAAAGAAGAAUGGUGGGAUUGUAAAAGUUCUAAAGAUCUAAUCCUUGAAGGCGUCAUAUGGAAAUCACAAGGACAAACUCAACACUGAGUGAUGUCUAGUGCGGUGUUCUGUGGUUACCAACACUCGGGGGAUACUCUUUUGCAGGCCAAACUCAACAAUUAGAUCUCUUUUGUGAUUUUCUUCUAGUAUAAAUUCUGUUUUCCUCGCUUUCGCAUCCGUGUGAACUUCGUUUUCUUUCUCAAUAUGAUCAAAGAUUUGAGAACU